AUGAGUGCAAUUGACUUGACUUCCAUCCUCGAUCUUCUGGACGUGGGAAAUUUUUCUGAUAGCAACUGGACGUGCAACAAUGGAGACUGCAUCAUUGUGGACACACUCUCAUGCCCUAGCACACUUAAUAAAAGUGUCUUACUGUACACCCUCUCUAUCUUCUACAUCUUUAUCUUUGUGAUAGGGCUGGUGGCCAACUCGGUGGUUGUCUGGGUCAAUCUCCAGGCCAAAGCGACUGGUUAUGAAACCCACCUCUACAUCUUCAAUCUAGCCAUCGCUGACCUGUGCGUUGUCAUCACCCUUCCAGUCUGGGUGGUCUCCCUUGUCCAGCAUAACCAAUGGCACAUGGGAGAAAUCACAUGCAAGGUCACUCACCUUAUAUUUUCCAUCAACUUGUUUGGGAGCAUCUUCUUCCUGGCAUGUAUGAGUGUGGACCGCUACCUCUCAGUUGCCUACUUCACCAAUUCCAGUAACUGCAAGAAGAAGAUCAUCCGACGCUUCAUCUGCAUCUUUGUGUGGCUUCUCGCCUUCUGUGUCUCUCUCCCAGACACCUAUUACCUGAAGACCGUCUCUUCAAACAAUGAAACUUACUGCCGCCCUCUCUAUCCAGAGGAGAGCUUCAAAGAGUGGCUGGUUGGCAUGGAGCUCAUCUCUGUUGUGUUGGGCUUUGCCAUUCCUUUUCCCAUCAUUGCUCUUUUUUAUUUUCUCCUUGCAAGGACCAUCUCUGCCUCCAGUGACCAAGAAAGGAAGAGCAAUGGGAAGAUCAUUUUCUCUUACGUUGUUGUGUUUCUUGUCUGCUGGCUGCCCUACCACGUGGUCGUCCUGCUCGACAUCUUCUCGGUCCUUCAUUUUAUACCCUUCAGUUGUCAAAUGGAGAACUUUCUGUAUGCGGCUCUUCACGUCACCCAGUGUUUCUCCCUCAUCCAUUGCUGCGUCAACCCCAUACUCUACAGCUUCAUCAACCGAAAUUACAGAUACGAGCUCAUGAAAGCCUUUAUUUUCAAGUACUCGGCCAAAACAGGCCUCACCAAACUUAUUGAUGCUUCCAGAGUAUCCGAAGCUGAGUACUCUGCUCUGGAGCAAAAUGCCAAAUGA